GGCGUCACGUGACGAAUCAGCCCCAGCGGAGGGCGGAGCUGCGCGGGUACUUAGGAGUGCACCGGAGAGGCCGGGAGCGGUUCGGUUCGGCUUGGUGGCUGCAGGCCCAGGCUGUCGCGCUGCGCUCGGUGAGUGCAGAAUCCAGCUUCCGAGAUGUGGUGGUCCUUGAUCCUACUCUCUUGCGUGCUGGCACUGACCAGUGCCCAUGACAAGCCUUCCUUCCACCCACUGUCGGAUGACUUGAUUAACUAUAUCAACAAACAGAAUACAACAUGGCAGGCUGGACGUAACUUCUACAACGUUGACAUAAGCUACCUGAAGAAACUGUGUGGCACUGUUCUGGGUGGACCCAAGCUGCCGGGAAGGGUUUCCUUCGGUGAGGACAUAGAUCUACCUGAAACCUUUGAUGCACGGAAGCAAUGGCCCAACUGCCCGACCAUCCAGCAGAUUAGAGACCAGGGGUCCUGUGGCUCUUGUUGGGCAUUUGGGGCAGUGGAAGCCAUUUCUGACCGAAUCUGCAUUCAUACCAAUGGCCGCGUCAACGUGGAGGUGUCUGCCGAGGACCUGCUUACCUGCUGUGGUAUCCAGUGUGGGGACGGCUGUAAUGGUGGCUAUCCCUCUGGAGCAUGGAGCUUCUGGACGAAAAAAGGCCUGGUUUCUGGUGGAGUCUACAAUUCUCAUGUAGGCUGCCUACCAUACACCAUCCCUCCCUGUGAGCACCAUGUCAAUGGCUCCCGUCCCCCGUGCACUGGAGAAGGAGAUACUCCCAGGUGCAGCAAGAGCUGUGAAGCUGGCUACUCCCCAUCCUACAAAGAAGAUAAGCACUUUGGGUACACUUCCUACAGCGUGACUGCGGGUGAGAAGGAGAUCAUGGCAGAAAUCUACAAAAAUGGCCCAGUGGAGGGUGCCUUCACUGUGUAUGCUGACUUCUUGACUUAUAAAUCAGGAGUAUACAAGCAUGAAGCCGGUGAUAUGAUGGGUGGCCAUGCCAUCCGCAUCCUGGGCUGGGGAGUGGAGAAUGGAGUUCCCUACUGGCUGGUAGCCAACUCUUGGAACGUUGACUGGGGUGAUAAUGGCUUCUUUAAGAUCCUCAGAGGAGAGAACCACUGUGGAAUCGAAUCAGAAGUUGUGGCUGGAAUCCCACGCACUGACCAGUACUGGGGAAGAUUCUAAUCUGCUGUGACUUGAUUGUCCAGUCCUUAGGGGCUUUUUCUAAAAUUGAGCAACCCUGGCAGGGAGUGAGGCAGACAGGAGAGGAGGGCAUUUGAUUCUUUGAGUUCACCUGACAUGCAUGAAGCUUUCGGCAAGAUCUGUGCAACUGGACCAGGGCUGCCUGCCAUCAGAGCUACCCUCCGAGCACUCUGUCCUUCUAGGCUAUCCCAUGACAGUGAUCACAGCCUGCAUCUAGCCUCUCCCUAGACUAGUGCAAUUUGUAGUGCCUGCUGCUGUGGCUCUGCCUGCCAUCCUUCCCACCCCCAUCCCAGCAUCCCCAGACCCGAGGGCUUUGGCUGCAGGAUUUCCAAAAGAAUGAACAUCAACUUCAUGAUGAGAGGACAGAUGCCACCUUGAAGCUAUCACUUCUAGGUCUAUGGCAGGCAUUGAUGGCCCAAUGCACUUCUCUGGAGAAAGCUACCUUUUCCCAAGGCAUCUGCAUCCAUCGACAUUGGCAAUGUGGCCUGGGUCCUGUCCUCAGCCGAUGCUUUUCCAGUAGGAUUUUAUCUUUUGUACUUUGAGUAUGAAGAGCAGUGCUGGUUUUACAGAUCAUCUCCAAUUGUAUGGCUUAAAACAAGCUACAUGGUCACUGUUUGCUGGUUGACCAACAGAUACCACAAUGAAACUAGUCUGGGAAAAACCUGCUUUAUGUUGUAGUUACCAUUUAGCCCUGUCAGUUUAACCAGGAAUGACUGUGCCAAUAAACCAAUUCUCCUUCUGCUUGACAUCAGCUCUCAUGGCCUUCUGGAGGCAGGGUGAAUGGUUCUGUGCUGCAUUUUCAAGGCUUUUGUGGUCUCUCUCUCCCUGGUUUCUUGUUACCCUCAGAAAUCAUACCUAAAACUGUGCUCACAUCUUGGAGCAUUUCUUCCUGCUUAGAGAUAAGGGAGCUAAACCUCACAUUUUAUUAACCAAGGCAGGCUCUCAUGUGUAUUUCACAGAAGACCUGAGCUGCCAUCUUCCUAGAGGUCUACAUUUCCUUGGAGUGGAGCCAAAGCUUGUGCGCCAUGCUUUUAAGUUUUCUGGGUCACUGAACUUCUUGGAUUUUACAAAAAUCAUAGUGUAGUUCGGAGGGAACAGGGAGCCUCACUAAUCAGUAUUGGCUUCGUUGUCCUGUGGAUCUGUUACUUUUCCUGCUAAAUGAAUGAAUGAGAGGGGCUGGUUCUUUGGAAGCUGAGGAAGCCUGCCUUCGCAUGCCAGCAAUCAGAACUAUAUCAAAGAAGCUCUGAAUGCCUGGUGAGUGCUAGACAUGAGAUAACCUGGCUUGGGUACUGGGGCUUCAGUACUUCGAGACGGUUCCACUUGUCCUCAACUACAUCAAGUAGUUCCCUCCUACACUUCAUUUCUUACCUCAUCACAUGCCCCUUUCCUACCUCCCAUAGCCUGUGAAGAUGGGCUAAAUUAAGAGAAGAGGACCUUGGGUUUCCUCUGGAUCACUGAAGGAGCCUAAGAAACCCAUUUUGUCAUCGUAUGCUUGGGGGUGUCUCUAGAUGUCUUCCACAACCUGGAUUUUCCUGUGGGUGGUCUCCUCUGCUCAGGUCACAAGUUAUCUUCCUUGGGUACUCAGGAGACAUUGGUAAACAGAUCUCUGGGAGUUUGGGGCCAGCCUGGUCUACAAUGAGACCCUGAAGCUAGGAGCAUUUCAUUUUCAGCCUGCCCACAGGGGCUUUUAAUGAUUCCAUGUUUACACAGCCCUCCCCUUCUACACAUUACACACCAUUGAAAGAGUCCUGUGUGUGGUCCUCAAACCUGAGCCAGGCCUUUGAAUCAUCAUUUGUGGCCUGACUAGGUCAUUUUAGAUACAUUAAUUACAGUUUGGGCAAUGGCCUUCAACAGGGCUUAUGACAAACAGCAUUCAUGUCGCUCAGGAACUCAUUAGGUAACAUGUCAAACCAACUUGGUCAGAAGUCUUGUUCCAGAUUGAUUAUAAUACAGAGCCACAGCCUUAGAGCUCUCACUUCUGCUACCAGAGACUGGAAAACUCAGCAGGGGAGAAGCCUCCAAAGAGCUGUCCCAGACAUGAUUUGCAAAUAACCAGAGGAAAGGUAAAGAGCACACCCUUCUAGUUAUAAUGGCUGCACACGGAUGGGCCUCUGAGAAAGGCAGCACAAACUCAGUGAAGCCAGGUGGAUACGUCAGAAAUGGCUAGAAAUUACAUUGAGAGUCAAAAGUAGGCUAGGGAUGUCUCUCCGUGGUAAUUUGUCCAGCGUAGACGGUCCAAGCAAGACCCUCAGUUCAGUGCCCAGCAACAAAACAAUGGGAGAAAAAGGUAGGCGUGUCAGAUGUGGACAGCAUGUAUGUCCAACUAAAUGUAUUUUAGAUAAUGGCAAUGGCUUUAUAGAAAUGCACCAUGCUAAAUAUUUGGAUAUAAACAAAACCAUCUGAAAUUCAAGUGGAGCUUGGUGUCUUAUUUGCUAAGGGAAAGAAAUUAGUUUCAGAGAGUUAGAGUCUGUCCCCCUCUCCUUUUAAAAAAGAUUUACUUAUUCAUGCAGUUUAUGAGUGCUAUGUCUUCAUGCACAUCAGAAGGAAUCAGAUCUCAUUACAGAUGGUUGUGAGCCACUAUGGGGUUGCUGGGAAUUGAACUUAGGACCUCUGGAAGAGCACUAAGGUGCUGAGCCAUCUCUCCAGCCCCCAGUGUCUUGUGUAGUCCAGGUACACCUCCACAACUGAGGGAUCUUGACCACCUCCUCCUGCCUCCACCUACCACAUGCUGAAAUUACUAGUAAGAGUUGUAGCUUCCAGAAAGGGUGAACAUUUAAGACCUUUGUGCUUCCGUGAGGACAGAAGUUAAAGAACCAUGUAACAUUAGGCUGAGAGUCUCAAGUGACCAAAUAAGUCAAGUCUCCAUGCGGUGAUCCAGCAAGGAAUUUGUGCGUACAAAGUUGAACGGACCAUUGAGCUGGCUGAGGCACUUCACAGUGAUGAAGUCAACAUACCCAGCUGGCUGAAGAGGGGAGCAUACUAUAUGCUAUACAUGUCUCUGUGGUCUGAGUGUCCCCCAAAGGGUCAUAUGCAGGAAGCUUGGUUCACAGAAUGACAGUGGCUGAGGCCCAGUGCAAGGUGGUCAAGUUUUGGAGGCACUGUUCUCAAUGCUAGUCUUCCUGAGUUAGGGCUCCUGAGACCAAGCGCUGAGCACAAGAGUGGGGUGGCUCAUGCCUGUAACUCACAUUCAGAAGGCUGAGGCAGUGGGAUCACCAUUAAGUUCAAGGCUACAUAGACUUGCAGGUCAACCUGAGCUACAGUUACAGUGUACAGAGUUGUCAGCAUGCCAGGGCUUCAACCUGCUUUCUGUCAUGUGCUCUCUCCUGCAUGUCCUCUCACCACUGUAGUGUCAUUUCCCACCAGGCCCUCCAAGGGCUAAAGAUGGGGGCCACCUAAUCGUGUACUUUCAUCCUCCUAAGCUGUAACAUAAACCUCUUUCCUUGGUAAAGUAGUUGACCUCAGGUAUCUUGUUAUACAGGUCAGCAUGUUUGCCUUUUACUACUCAAACACUGGUUUUCACAUACACAGGGUGCCAGAGGCCAUCAUGACAAUGUAGCCGACUAACCACGCUGCAAUUAAAAACCUACCAAUAUA